AAUACAAUUUUAAAACAAAAACUAUGGAAGAAAUGGAAGAAAAAUUACAAGAGAAUACUCCCCUCUCAGAAGAACUACAAAAAGAAUUAGCAGAAAUAAGGACCAAUUAUGCAAAACAAAAGAAAAUAAACACUGAAUUACAAGAAGAAGAAUGCACACUUAAAAUAGGCAUAGAGCAUUCAUUAAGGGAAAUUAAGAACCUUGAACGGCAAAAGAUGUCUGCAAAGACUGAACUCAAGAAGAACAGGGAUAUGGCAUUCGAGCAACUGAAAAGUUUUACAUGCUCUAUAAAGUUUAUUGAGAGAGACAACUAUGAAGUAGACAGAAUGCUCUUCAUUUUAAAUGCAGAAAAUGCCCGGUUAAGAGCAGGCAUUGCAUAUCUCAAAGAAGAUAUUUCCACAAUAAACAGUGAGGCAAAGCUCUAUCAGUCAAAGAGACAAGAAAUCCAGCAUGCUAAAAAAGUUCUUUAUGAACUGUUUGUCAAGAAAUGGAUAGAGGAUGAAUACCUACAAAAGAUGUUUUUUAAGUACCAGCAUGAGAUCUUGAUUAUACUGGAAGAAUUUGUCAGAAGAAAUAGAAAGAGAAAUGUUAAGCUUGACUAUGUUCAUGAAGGGCUACAGCUAAACUAUGAGGACAUGGAGGCUCUGCUAAAAAUCCAAUCUGUACCAGAUACUGACAGUGUAAGCUUUUCCUUCCGGUGAAGUGCCAAAUGUUUGUUAAUGAUGUGUGUUAAAAAAGCAAAUAUUACCUUCUUCAAAACAGAUCCUUCAUAGCUUGUAUAUGUCACAUACAGAGUACCAGGACAAAAUAUCUAACUCUACCAAUUUUAGAAUGGCAGAUACUAGUUUUCAUACUACUAUUUUUUUGUUUGUGUGUUAGGACAAAUACGAUGUCCUUUAUUGCUUCAUUUAGAAAGGAACACAAAGUAUGCAGGUUGAUUGCUAAAUAUUUUUAAAAUCAUCAACCUGACCAGUGAAACUUUGCUGCUUUUCCAUCUCUAAAGGAAAAAGGUAGGGUAAAGGUCCA